GGCGGCGGCGGGGCGGGGGCGCCGGGCCCGCUGAGCCUUGCGCUCGUUGACGCCGCGCAGCGGGAAGAUGGUGGGGACCCGCACCAGACUGGACUAAGUGUAGACAGUAAGAGUAAGUCUGUCAGAAGCACUUUGUCGAAGCAGAGAGUGACUGUGUUCCCUGAUCUCACAAAUGGCACACCACGGCUUAUGCUCAAGAGAGUCAUGCAGAACCACCCCCAAGUUUCACCACUGGCACCUCGGAUAUCUAACGAUGAAAACACACGAGAAGCUCAAUCACAAGUCCCAUCUAAAAGGGUUUCCAGCAUGGGGGAAUUGCAGCUGCCAGAUGUUGCUCCUGAGGCCACAUCUAUCACUGUAUUCCACAUGACAAAGAAGAGAAAGAAACUCAGCAUUUCUGAAUUUGAGAAAGCAGCAGAGAGACGACUUCCCCAGUACCAAGCUCAGUCACCGUUGGACAGCACAGUUAUGACUCGAUCCCUUCAUGUGUCUCUGGGUUCCUUGCUGGCCCCAGACACCAUUGAAAAGAGGGGCUUGAUGCGGAGGCCAAAAAUCCGCAAGGCUGUUGACAUGCAAGAGUUUGAAGGCAGAGUGGAACAGAACAUGCUGAAGAGUAAAGGACAGAACUAUCUUGUGGACUCACAAUCUAGGAUUCGGACAAGCAUCCUGACAAGUGAUGCAGAAAUGAUGAUGAAUAGCACGGAGCUCUUUGUUCAGUCCCAGCUGGAUGAACAGAGCCAAAAUAAAUCUGCUCUUGAACCCCAGCUGUCAGAUUUGAAAACUUCAGCACAGAGGAGCCUGAUUUCUGAUGCAGAUCAAGAGGAAGCAAGGCUGGAAGGCCUGGUGUCUGGUGUGAGCACAAACAGCAGAAGGAGCCAAACAUACUCCAAGAGCUCAAGCCUUGAUCAUGAGCGUGUUGACAGAAUGACUCGUAUAUCUCCAGAACCUCUUGCAAAACAGCAAGAAGAAAAGCAAGAUCGUUCCCAUCAGAGUAAACCAGUGACACAGAUUUCUUUUUCUGAAGAAGAGGUGGCUUGCAGUGUUUAUAGAUGGAACUCCUCUCUGUCCUCCACAAGUUCAAGUAAAUAUUUGGGAUCCCCAGUCACUCUAAAUGUUUCCAGGAUGUCUUUGAGAGAAGUUGUCUUCCAUGUAAUUGAAGACCUAGAAAUAAGUGAUUCAGAAGAAGAGAUGAUUAAUACAGUGAAUGGAGUGGAACAGGAAAAGAUUUUCGGAGAGGCUGCUGAACAUGGUGCAAAUGCUGGAUAUUCUGAACCUUUGGAGAAGAAACUGUCUGAAAAAGCAGGGUUGCAGAUAACUGCAGCACAGGACAGCAGAGGUGAAACAGAAAUGGCUCCUUCAGCAGGAGAGGAACUGGCAGAAGGCAGCAUUGGAGCCCGUGGCUCUCCCCGAGCUGAACAUGAGAUUACCAGAGGCAUUAGAGCUGAAAGUCUGGGCAGGCACUCUCAUGCCUCUUACUCGUUUCAUAAACCUGAGAUGACUCCAUUAAAUGAAGCUGAUGAACAAGAAGAUGAGCUACAGGACCAGGCUGCCAUGUUAGACCUGGAUAGUUCACUGGAAGAGCCUGCUGAGGAUGAAGCUGAACCCCCUGCAAGUCCUGAGGUUUCCAUGAAGACUCCUGCGUUUGUCCGAGCUCCAGCCUCCAACCUCCUGCUGUCAACGCAUGUUACAAAAUCUGCUGCUCCCAGCUUCCCUCAAAGGUCUCCCCUGCAGCAGCUGCAUCCCAAGGUAGUUCCAAAGAGAUUGGGAACAUCCCAGAAGGAACCACGUGUGCCUCAAGUACCGAGGAGUUUGAUAAAGGAGAUAUUCAGACAUUUUGCUAAAAUGCCAAUGACCAGAGAUACAUUCAAAAUUGUUGAAAAAUGCUCUGAGAGAUACUUCCAGCAGCUGAGCAAUGAUCUGGAAGCUUACACCCUCCAUGCAGGGAGGAAGACAGUGGAGGCAGCUGACCUGGAAGUCCUCAUGAGAAGGCAAGGGCUGGUGACAGACAAGAUGCCACUGAACGUGCUGAUAGAGCGUUACCUCCCUCUGGAGUACCGGAAGCUCCUGAUUCCAGUGGCAGUGAGUGGAAAUAAAGUGAUCCCCAGGAAGUAAAGGUGCAGGGAUGGCCCCUGCGGGUGGGAAGGUGGCCUGCUCCCAGGGGCUGGCUGGGGGUUGUUCCAUGUCACUGCUCCAGGUGAUGCUUUUCCACACAUCACCAGUCAGGCAAGGACUGCUGGAUGUUCUCCUGAGUGGAGGCAGGUUGUGUUGUGGCCACCAGAGCACCCUGCUGGGUCUCACCAGCCUUUAUUACAGGUCAUUUGACUAUCCAUAUUUUUGUAUGUUACCUUUGAAUACUUGUACAGAUAUGAUAAAUAAAACGUUAUGUGUAUUUUGUGUGAUGCCAAUGCUG